AUGAUCAUUAAAUGUAUCAAUGAUCUUAAUCUAACAACAUCAAAUUUAAUAGCACCAAAUACAACGGAAUCCAAUGCAACACCAUUAGUUAAUCCAACACCAUUAGUUAAUCCAACAUCAUUAGUUAAUCCAACACCAUUAGUUAAUGCAACACUAGUUAAUCAAACAGAAUCAAAUAUAAUACCCGGAAAUAUACAUAAACUCAUUACAGAAGUUUUUCAGAGCAAACUUGAAGAACUUCGACGUUCAGUCGAAGAUGAAAAUGGAACUUUACUUCAGUCAAAAACAUCUAAUGUUCUUUUUUACGAAGAAUGUAUAAAACGUUACGAUCCUAGUGGUUUGGAUCUAAAGGAUGUUAUUAACUCAUUACCAUUAGCAAAACGGACUAAUCAAUGUUUAUUCAACUUUUGUUUCAGUUGGAUAUUGAGUGAUUAA